AUGGCGCAACCACCACCUCCACCCCCAGGAUGGGGCGCGCCCCCUCCUCCACCUCCGCCUUCUUCUCUGCCACCGCCUCCGUCAGAACCAGCGCCCCCAGCGCCACCACCUCCUGGCUACCGACCACCGACCGACCCUCAGAUUGCCAAGUUUGCGCAGAAGAAGAAGGAAUGGCUUCGGAACCAAAGAAACCGCUUCGGAGAAAAGCGCAAAGGCGGGUUCGUACAGACACAGAAGGCUGAUAUGCCACCGGAGCACCUGCGCAAAAUUGUGAAGGACAUUGGCGAUGUGUCGCAAAAGAAGUACACCAACGACAAGAGGAGUUACCUCGGUGCUUUGAAGUUCAUGCCUCACGCUGUGCUCAAACUUCUCGAGAACAUGCCCAUGCCCUGGGAGUCCGCGCGUGAAGUGAAGGUGCUUUACCACGUUAAUGGCUGUCUUACGCUGGUCAAUGAGAUACCCCGCGUGAUUGAACCUGUUUUCUUUGCCCAAUGGGCGAUGAUGUGGACAUUCAUGAGGAAAGAGAAGGCAGACCGAAGACUAUUCAAGCGUAUGCGCUUUCCACCAUUUGACGACGAAGAGCCGCCGCUGUCAUGGUCCGAGAACAUCGAAGACGUCGAACCCCUAGAGCCCAUCCAGAUGGAGCUGAAUGAGGAGGAAGACGAUGCUGUGUACGAAUGGUUUUACGAUCAUCAGCCUCUGCUCGACACGCCUCACGUGAACGGCCCGAGUUACAAGUCAUGGAACCUUACGCUGCAGCAGAUGGCGACUCUCUUCCGUCUGAGUCGACCACUUGUCUCCGACGUCGUGGACAAGAACUACUUCUACUUGUUCGAGCUGAAGGGCUUCUUGACUGCCAAAGCGCUCAACAUGGCCUUGCCAGGAGGGCCUAAGUUCGAACCUUUGUACAAGGACAUUGACCCUAAUAACGAAGACUUUGGAGAGUUCAACGCAAUUGAUCGAAUCAUUUUCCGAGCGCCAAUCCGCACAGAGCUCAAGGUGGCAUAUCCGUACCUCUACAACUCGUUGCCACGCAGCGUGCAUCUUACCUGGCAUUCUCACCCUCAAAUCGUGUUCAAUCGCGCCGACGACCCCGAUUUGCCGACUUUCCACUUCGAUCGACGGAUCAACCCAAUUUCUUCAAGGACUGUCGCCACGAAGAACGUCGAUGUAUCGCUCGAGGACGAGCUUUUCGGGAAAGGCAACAACGAGGAACCCGAGGAGGAUGCUUUUGUGCUACCUGCGGGCUCAGAGCCCUUCCUGUCUGAGGAGGAUUUGGAAAACGAUGACACUUCUUCAGCAGUGGAGCUUUGGUGGGCGCCGUACCCCUUUGACCGACGCUCCGGCCGUAUGGUGCGCGCUCAGGACGUUCCACUCAUCAAACAGUGGUACCUUGAGCAUCCCCCGUCAGGCGACCUUCCCAAGAAAACCCGUGUCUCAUACCAGAAGCUUCUGAAGAACUUUGUGUUGAACGAACUUCACAAGAAGAAGCCCAAAGCGCAGAACAACCAGAACCUGAUGCGUUCUUUGAAGCAGACAAAAUUUUUCCAGCAAACCACGAUCGACUGGGUUGAAGCUGGUCUUCAAGUCUGCCGCCAGGGUUUUAACAUGCUCAACCUCUUGAUCCAUCGCAAGAACCUCACUUACCUUCACCUCGACUACAACUUCAAUUUGAAGCCAGUCAAGACACUCACAACGAAGGAACGAAAGAAGUCACGAUUCGGAAACGCCUUUCACUUGAUGCGUGAGAUCCUCAGGCUCACGAAACUCAUCGUUGAUGCGCAGGUCCAAUAUCGCCUAGGCAACAUCGACGCGUUUCAGCUAGCCGAUGGCAUCCUGUACGCCUUUAACCACGUCGGUCAGCUUACGGGAAUGUACCGUUACAAGUACAAACUCAUGCACCAGAUUCGUACUUGCAAAGACUUGAAGCAUCUGAUCUACUACCGCUUCAACUCUGGCCCAGUAGGGAAAGGUCCUGGUUGUGGGUUCUGGGCCCCUGCCUGGAGGGUGUGGUUGUUCUUCAUGAGAGGCAUCAUUCCUUUACUUGAGAGAUGGCUUGGCAACCUGUUAUCACGCCAAUUCGAGGGUCGUCACAGCAAGGGCGUUGCCAAGACAGUCACCAAACAGCGUGUUGAGUCACACUUCGAUCUUGAGCUGCGUGCCUCAGUCAUGGCGGACUUGAUGGACAUGAUGCCUGAGGGUAUCAAGCAGAACAAGGUCAACACUGUGCUGCAGCAUCUUUCUGAAGCCUGGCGCUGUUGGAAGAGCAACAUUCCAUGGAAGGUUCCUGGACUCCCUGCCCCAAUUGAGAACAUCAUUCUCCGGUAUGUCAAGUCGAAGGCAGACUGGUGGAUUUCGGUUGCGCACUACAACCGUGAACGCAUCCGUCGCGGCGCCACUGUCGACAAGACCGUUGCCAAGAAGAAUGUUGGUCGUCUAACUCGCCUUUGGCUUAAGGCAGAGCAAGAGCGCCAACACAACCACAUGAAGGACGGCCCAUAUGUCUCUUCAGAAGAGGCUGUCGCCAUUUACACCACAACUGUUCACUGGUUAGAGUCUCGGAAGUUUUCUCCCAUUCCGUUCCCCAGCGUCUCCUACAAGCAUGAUACCAAGAUUCUUAUCCUCGCUCUUGAGCGACUGAGAGAAGCUUACUCUGUGAAGGGUCGGUUGAAUCAAAGCCAACGUGAGGAGCUGGCCUUAAUUGAGCAGGCCUACGAUAGCCCUGGAACGACGCUCGAGCGCAUCAAGCGGUUCUUGUUGACACAGCGCGCAUUCAAGGAAGUCAACAUUGACAUGAACGACAACUAUAGCACUAUCAACCCGGUGUAUGACAUUGAGCCCAUUGAGAAGAUCAGCGAUGCCUACCUCGAUCAAUACCUCUGGUAUCAAGCUGAUCAGCGACACUUGUUUCCGGCCUGGAUCAAGCCUUCUGAUUCUGAAGUACCUCCUUUGCUCGUGUACAAGUGGGCUCAAGGGAUCAACAAUCUCGAUCGUGUGUGGGUGACCGAGGAGGGCGAAUGCAAUGUCCUUCUCGAGACAGAGUUGUCCAAGGUGUACGAGAAAAUGGAGCUCACCCUGCUCAACUCUUUGUUGCGCCUCAUCAUGGACCACAACUUGGCUGAUUACAUCACUUCCAAGAACAAUGUCCAGCUCACAUACAAAGAUAUGAACCAUGUCAAUAGCUUUGGAAUGAUUCGUGGGCUGCAGUUUUCUGCAUUCGUGUUCCAAUUCUAUGGCCUGGUACUGGACUUGCUCCUGCUCGGCCCGCAACGUGCGAGUGAGAUCGCCGGGCCACCUCAGAGUCCCAACGAGUUCCUCCAGUUCCGCGAUCGGGAGACCGAAACAAGGCACCCGAUCCGCUUGUACAGUCGGUACAUUGACAAGAUUUGGGUCUUCCUUCGCUUCACAGCUGAGGAGUCGAGAGACCUCAUCCAGCGCUUCUUGACGGAGCAGCCCGAUCCCAACUUUGAGAACGUCAUUGGGUACAAGAGCAAGAAAUGCUGGCCCCGAGACUCGCGCAUGAGGCUCAUGCGACACGAUGUCAACCUUGGUCGUGCCGUGUUCUGGGAUCUCAAGAAUCGCCUUCCCCGUUCUGUCACCACUAUUGAAUGGGACGACAGCUUCGUCAGCGUCUACAGCCGGGACAAUCCCAACCUGCUGUACUCCAUGUGUGGUUUCGAAGUGCGCAUUCUGCCCAAGGUCCGCAACCAACUUGGAGAGUUCCCUGUGAAGGACAGUGUGUGGUCACUCGUGGACAACACGACCAAGGAGAGGACAGCGCACGCCUUCCUGCAGGUCACACACGACGACAUCCAGAAAUUCAACAACCGGAUCAGGCAGAUUCUGAUGUCGUCUGGUUCUACGACUUUCACCAAGAUUGCCAACAAGUGGAACACGGCACUUAUUGCUCUGUUCACGUACUAUCGAGAAGCUGCUGUUUCCACUGUCAGCCUGCUUGACACUAUUGUCAAGUGCGAGACCAAGAUUCAGACUCGCGUCAAGAUCGGCUUGAACUCCAAGAUGCCUUCGAGAUUCCCCCCGGCGGUCUUCUACACACCAAAGGAGCUUGGUGGUCUGGGCAUGAUCUCGGGCUCACACAUUCUCAUCCCCGCUAGCGACAAACGCUGGUCGGCACAGACUGAUACAGGCGUCACGCAUUAUCGCGCGGGCAUGACGCAUGAUGAGGAAACUUUGAUCCCCAACAUCUUCCGUUACAUCAUUCCCUGGGAAGCUGAAUUUGUUGACUCCCAACGCGUGUGGACCGAGUACUCGCAGAAGCGUCUCGAAGCCAAUCAACAGAACCGUCGUCUGACUCUUGAGGAUCUGGAGGACAGCUGGGAUCGGGGCCUGCCCCGCAUCAACACCCUCUUCCAGAAGGACCGCAGCACCCUCAGUUUCGACAAGGGCUUCAGGGCCCGCGCUGAGUUCAAGAUCUACCAGCUGAUGAAGAGUAACCCAUUUUGGUGGACCAGUCAACGACACGAUGGCAAGCUAUGGAAUCUCAACGCCUACCGAACUGAUGUCAUCCAAGCACUGGGUGGUGUUGAGACGAUCCUGGAGCACACCCUGUUCAAGGCUACUGGCUUCCCAUCCUGGGAGGGUCUGUUCUGGGAGAAAGCUUGCUUGGCCAAGGGUACUAUGCUCCUCCGGCACGACCAUUCGCAAGUCGCUGUUGAGGAUGUCAAGGAAGGUGAUCUGCUUCUGGGACCGGACGGAGGUCCUCGUCGUGCUUUCAAUAUUGUUUCUGGUCAAGAGCGUCUCUAUCGUAUCACGAUGGAAAGUGGCCAAGAAGAUCUCGUGGUCACCCCCAACCACAUUCUCGUUCUUCACAAAUCUACGGGACGUCCUCAGGAUCAGUCGGGAGAGAUGCCGAUCCCAAGCUCGGAGCCAGCGACUGAUCAUUACGCCACUGUCGAAAUGACAGCAGCUGAGUUUGCAGCGUUCGCUCCUCAAGAGAGGGCACACUACCGCCUCUUCAAAUGUUGCCUUCCCGAGCAAGCCCCCUUCCGUGAAACACAUAGGUUUGAGAUCAAGAACAUCGCUCUGGAGCAGGACGUCACUGAAUGGGCUGGUUUCCGUGUCGAUAAAGAUCAGCUCUACCUCCGUCACGACUACCUGGUGCUUCACAACAGUGGUUUUGAAGAGUCCAUGAAGUUCAAGAAGCUGACCAACGCGCAGAGGUCUGGUCUGAACCAGAUUCCUAACCGUCGCUUCACAUUGUGGUGGUCACCCACGAUCAACCGUGCCAAUGUCUACGUCGGUUUCCAAGUCCAACUGGAUCUGACUGGCAUCUUCUUGCACGGCAAAAUCCCAACUCUGAAAAUCUCGCUCAUUCAGAUCUUCCGUGCUCAUUUGUGGCAGAAGAUCCACGAGUCGGUGGUCAUGGACUUGUGUCAAGUCUUUGACCAGGAGCUUGAGUCCUUGGGUAUUGAGACUGUGCAGAAGGAGACCAUCCAUCCCAGAAAAUCAUACAAGAUGAACAGCUCUUGUGCGGACAUUCUGCUGUUUGCCAGCCACAAGUGGAAUGUGACCCGGCCGUCACUGCUACACGACACCAAGGAUGUGAUUGAGCCGACAACGACCAACAAAUUCUGGAUCGACGUGCAGCUGAGAUACGGCGACUACGAUUCUCAUGACAUUGAACGAUACACGCGUGCCAAGUACCUGGACUACACGACCGACAGCGCCAGUAUCUACCCCUCCGCCACCGGUCUCAUGGUGGGCAUUGAUCUUGCUUACAACUUAUACUCUGCCUACGGCAUGUACUUCCCUGGCCUGAAGGUGCUCAUCCAGCAAGCCAUGGCCAAGAUCAUGAAGGCGAACCCUGCACUGUACGUUCUGCGCGAGCGUAUCCGCAAGGGUCUGCAGCUGUACGCCUCGGAGAGCAACCAGGAGUUCCUGAACUCGCAGAACUACUCGGAACUGUUCAGCAACCAGACGCAACUGUUCAUUGACGACACCAACGUGUACCGUGUGACCAUCCACAAGACCUUUGAGGGCAACUUGACAACCAAGCCUAUCAACGGUGCUAUCUUCAUCUUCAACCCUCGCACUGGCCAGCUCUUCUUGAAGAUCAUCCACACCAGUGUCUGGGCCGGUCAGAAGCGUCUCGGUCAAUUGGCCAAGUGGAAGACUGCCGAGGAAGUUGCGGCACUGAUCCGGUCGCUACCCAUGGAGGAGCAGCCCAAGCAGCUGAUUGUCACCCGCAAGGGUCUCCUGGAUCCUCUCGAGGUGCACUUACUCGACUUCCCCAACAUUUCCAUCCGCGCCUCGGAGCUGCAGCUGCCUUUCCAGGCUGCAAUGAAGGUGGAAAAGCUGGGCGACAUGAUCCUGCGCGCGACAGAGCCGCAGAUGGUUCUCUUCAACCUGUAUGACGACUGGCUCAAGAGCAUAUCCUCGUACACUGCGUUCUCGCGUCUGAUUCUCAUUCUUCGCGCGCUGCACGUCAACCCGGACAAGACCAAGCUCAUCCUCCGUCCCGACAAGACGGUGAUCACCCAAGAGCAUCACAUCUGGCCGUCCUUGUCGGACGAGGACUGGAUCAAGGUCGAGACGCAGCUUCGCGAUCUAAUCCUAAACGAUUAUGGCAAGAAGAACAAUGUCAACGUGUCAAGUCUGACGAGCAGUGAAGUCCGCGACAUCAUCCUGGGCAUGGAGAUCUCGGCGCCGUCCAUGCAACGGCAGCAGGCGACCGAGAUCGAGAAGCAGCAGCAAGAACAGGCACAGCUCACGGCGGUCACGACCAAGACGCAGAAUGUGCACGGAGAGGACAUUAUUGUGACCACAACAUCGCAGCACGAGCAGCAGACCUUUGCGUCCAAGACAGAGUGGAGGACUCGAGCGAUAGCCACAUCCAACCUGCGGACGCGCGCCAAGAACAUUUACGUCUCGUCUGUCGACGACAGCGACGACAAUGACAUUACCUACGUGAUGCCCAACAACAUCCUCAAGCGGUUCAUCACCAUUGCGGACCUGCGCACCCAGAUUGCCGGGUACCUGUACGGAUCGUCGCCCCCAGACAACAAGGACGUGAAGGAAAUCAGGUGCAUCGUCAUGAUCCCCCAGAUCGGCGGGUUGCGCAACGUCCAGCUACCGCAGCAGCUGCCGCAGAGCGAGUUCCUGCAGGAUAUGGAACCUCUGGGGAUCAUCCACACGGUGUCUGGCAACGAACUGCCGUACAUGUCGGCGGCCGACGUGACGGAGCACGCGCAUCUGCUGGACAGCCACAAGGAGUGGGACAAGACGAGCACGGCCACCGUGUCGGUUGCAUUUACGCCCGGUAGUGUGUCGCUGUCGGCGUGGGGCCUCACGCCGGACGGCUACAAGUGGGGGGCCGAGAACAAGGACAUUCAGAGCGACCAGCCACAGGGGUUCUCGACGACGAUGGGAACGAAGCGGAAAUUGCUGCUGAGUCCCCGAUUCAAGGGGUUCUUCCUGGUGCCGACGGACGGCCGGUGGAACUACACGUUCAUGGGUAGCGCGUUUGACGGCAUGGUCAAGAAGCCCGUGCACGUGAAGCUGGACACGCCGCGGUCGUACUACAGCGACCAGCACAGGCCCGUCCAUUUCCAGAGCUUUGCCGAGCUGGAGGACAUUUGGGUCGAUAGGCAGGACAACUUUGAGUAG